AUGCCUCCGCCGGGACUCCUUGGAGGUGGCCGUCCUCCCCAGCCCCAGCAGUUGCCCGCGCAAAUGUUCACCACAGCUGCCCAACUCCUCGACCUCACCGAUAAGAAGCUAAUGGUAGCAUUGCGCGACGGACGAAAGCUCACGGGCAUCCUCCGCAGUUGGGAUCAGUUUGCCAACCUAGUACUGCAACAAACAAAGGAGAGGAUAUUCGUGCCUCCAGGCACGCAGUCACCCGCCCAGGCCAGGGGGCUCUACGCCGACGUGGACCGGGGCAUCUUCGUUGUUCGCGGCGAGAACGUGCUCCUUAUGGGCGAGAUCGACCUGGACCGCGACGACGACCCGCCCCCGGGCUAUGACCUUGCCGACCUCGAACUGGUGCAGACGCUAGCCAAGCAGAAGAAGGCCGAGGAGAAGGCCAAGGAGAAGCGCAAGAUCAAGAAGCUUUCCACCAUUGGCUUCGAAGGGGAGAACGUUGGCGAGGCGCUUCUAUGA